ACCAAUUGGACCAAUAUGCUGUCUCAAAUUGAAGCUUUUCUGAUUGACGCGGAGGAGAAGCAACUGACAGAUCGAGCCGUGAACCUGUGGCUCGACGAUCUCCAGGAUCUGGCAUAUGAUUUGGAUGAUUUAGUGGAUGAGUUCGCCACCGAAGCUUUGCAACACAAGCUCAAGGCAAAGCAGCCACAAGCUAGUUCCAGCAAGGUAUGGAACCUCAUCCCUAAUUUCAAGCCAAGAGAUGUUUUGUUUAAUUUCAAGAUGAAGUCCAAGAUUGAGGAGAUCAAUACCAGAUUGCACAAUAGUUUUGAACAAUGUUCAAAACUUAAUUUGGUUAAGAUUGUUGGAACCACCCCUACACCUACGACUAAGACUUGGCAAAGACCAGACUCUACAUCUUUAUUUGAUGAACCUCGCAUUUAUGGCCGAGAAUAUGAUCAAAGAAAGAUAAUUGAGUUGCUCGUAAGGGGGGAUGAAUCAAGUCAUAACAACAUUGGUGUAAUUCCCAUUGUGGGUAUGGGUGGGAUUGGCAAGACCACCCUUGCUCAGAUGGUAUACAAUGAUGAAACUGUGCAGAAGCAUUUCGAUCUAAAAGCCUGGGUCUGUGUGUCAGAUGAGUUCAACAUUAUGAGAAUAACAAAAGCAAUUCUUGAGUCAGUGACUUCCCAGACAUUUAGUUUUCACUUCCCAGACAAAAAGUGA